AUGCUUCGCCGGCCGGGUUUGCUGCGCUCCUUGCGCCUCAUUCGCGCCCUGUCGACGAGGCCGCAGCUUUUAAUCACGGGCGCUACAGGGCUGGUCGGCCAGCGGGUGUGCGACCAGCUGGAGGCGCAGGGCAUCGCUCUGCGCCGGUGCGACCGGCCGCCCAGCCAGGACGGCAACUACGUGCAGUGCGACCUGGCGGACGCCGCGGCGCUGCGGGAGGCUUGCCGCGACUGCGACGCGGUGGUGCAUCUGGGCGGCGUCUCUGGUCCCGGCUGCGUGUUCGAACCCCCGGUGGAUGCGGGCUGCGUGGCCGCUACCAACGUCAUCGGCACCAUGAACGAGAGUCCGGUGAACGCAGUGGACACUUACGCCGCCUCCAAGAUAGCCGGCGAGCAGCUUUGUAGGGCAUACGCGGCGGAGGGCCUGGUGGACACCGUCAGCCUACGACUCGGAUGGGUGUACGGGCCUGGUAGGACCACCGGGUGUGACGUCCGGGGCUUGCUCCAAGGGGAGCCUUCCAGCCUCGACCCAGCGCACGCUCGCAACUACAUCUAUGUCGAUGAUGCCGCCACUGCCCUCAUCUCGGCAGCGGCCGUCGAGUCUUUAGGAUGCGCCGUGGAGCGGCAGCAUGCGGCUGCACCGGACCCUUUAGUGGGCAAGAUGGACCUCACCAGAGCCGCCGCCGAGUUGGACUGGCGGCCCCGGAUCAUGAUUGAGGAGGGCGUGAGCAAAUAUGCGAAACACCUUGGCGUGUUUGCUUCGAGGCGUCGGACGCCGAUCUAA